AUGGCUGCUGUUGCAGCAGCUCCAAACAACAGUGUUGCAUAUUACUACAUCAAAAUAAAACAAGGAACCUACAAUGAGUAUGUCCAAAUUGAAAGCUGGAAAACGAACAUAGUUUUCAUUGGAGAAGGGAUGGGCAAAACCAUAAUAUCUGGAAAUAAAAGCUAUGUUGGGGGCAUCGGGACAGCUUAUACUGCAACAGUGGGGGUGAAUGGCCAAGGCUUCAUAGCCCAAGGAAUCACUUUUAGGAACAUAGCUGGAGCUAAAAUGCUACAGGCAGUAGCAUUAAGAGCGGAAGCAGAAUUUCUUACCUUCUAUCAGUGCCGUUUUGAGGGUUAUCAAGAUACUCUAUACACAAAAUACGGUAAACAGUUUUAUAGGGACUGCAAUAUCUUGGGAACUAUAGACUUUAUGUGUGGUGACGCAUCUGCAGUGUUCCAGAACUGUUUAAUCGAAGUACGCGAGCCUCUGCGUGGCCAAUAUAUUACCAUCACAGCGGAACAAAAAGAUCAUGAGGCUGCUCGAACAGGACUAGUGUUGCAAAACUGCACCUUAAAAGCUACCCCCGACUUGGUGAAAACGGAUUUGCCUCAGUUUGCAACUUCAACUCGUGUUAACAUCUAUACUGUUCUGCUUCUGUGGAUUGGAUUAGAGGUUCUGAGUUGUGGUGUUAGUUUGGCAAUUCAUGAAGCUUCAAGCAUUUCCAGCUUCUCUUUUUGUCCCCAUGAUUUCCUUCUAGGAUUACUUCUAAAUGACAAGGAAACUAUUAAAUGCUUCUUGGAGCAAGUAGGAUUCAAAGUGCAGAAGGAAGCAUGA